GUAGGAAUUCCCUGCUGGGCAGGUGACCUAGUAGAAUGUGUCACUCCUGACACGUCCCGUUACGGAACUGUUUCUAUGUAAUGGUCAAUCCUAAUGUGCAAUGGGAACUUUUGUAUUAGGACUGUUUAUGAAGGUUUGUUUAUUUGCCUGGUAGUUAUCGUGGAUUACAAUGCCUUCAAGUGACGGAACCAUAAUGAACCUGGGCUCCGAGUACGUGAAAAUUAAAGCGCACUACAACGGGGACAUGCUGAUCACCGACCUGCCCACCGCGUUGACCUACGAGGGGCUGUGUGAGGAGGUUCGGGUGCUGUGCAGCCUGGCCUGGGAGCAGCCCAUCACCCUGAAGUGGAUCGAUGACGAGGGAGACCCGUGCACCAUCUCCUCUCAGAUGGAGCUGGGGGAGGCUUUCCGGAUCUACAGCCGCAGCAGGAGAUCAGGUCUCCAGUUGCACGUGUUCCCUGGUAUCCCUGUGAAGCCUGGUAUGCCAUGUCCAGGAGAAGACAAAUCGAUCUACCGCCGCGGGGCCAGAAGAUGGAGGAAGCUCUACAGAGUCAACGGACAUCUCUUCCAGGCCAAGCGCUUUAACAGGAAAGCGUACUGUGGCCACUGCCGUGACAGGAUAUGGGGGCUGGGGAGGCAGGGCUACAAGUGUAUCAACUGCAAACUGCUGGUCCAUAAGCGCUGUCACAAACUUGUCCCUCUGACCUGCCAAAGGCAUAUGGAUCCAGUCAUGCCAUCACAGGAGCCCCCUUUAGAUGAGAAGAGUGAAGAGGUUGACCUUCCCCCUGAAGACUCUGAGCAUAGAGAUGAAAUACCUUUCAUACCACACAAUCGCAAAGUCGACAAAGUGGAUGAGGACUCGGAGGGCAUGAAAUCGGUGGUGGACGGGAUCGAUGCCAUCAAGAUCUCCCAGGGGCUGGUAUUGGGCCUGGGGGACUUUGACCUGAUUCGGGUGAUCGGCCGCGGCAGCUACGCCAAGGUGCUGUUGGUGCGGCUCAAAAAGAAUGAACAGAUAUACGCCAUGAAGGUGGUCAAGAAGGAACUGGUGCAUGACGACGAGGACAUUGACUGGGUGCAGACAGAGAAGCAUGUAUUUGAGCAGGCGUCUACAAAUCCAUUCUUAGUGGGCCUUCACUCCUGCUUUCAGACAGAGAGUCGGUUAUUUCUUGUCAUUGAGUAUGUCAAUGGAGGGGAUCUGAUGUUUCAUAUGCAACGACAACGGAAACUACCAGAAGAACAUGCAAGAUUCUACGCUGCCGAAAUCUGCAUCGCUCUGAAUUUCCUGCACGAAAAGGGCAUUAUCUACCGAGAUUUGAAACUGGACAACGUCCUCUUGGAUCACGAAGGACACAUCAAGCUCACGGACUACGGGAUGUGCAAGGAGGGAAUCAGACCUGGAGACACCACCAGUACGUUCUGCGGAACCCCCAACUACAUCGCCCCUGAGAUCCUCAGAGGGGAAGACUACGGGUUCAGUGUGGACUGGUGGGCACUAGGCGUGCUCAUGUUUGAGAUGAUGGCCGGGAGAUCCCCAUUUGACAUCAUUACCGACAAUCCUGACAUGAACACUGAGGAGUACCUCUUCCAAGUUAUUCUGGAGAAGCCCAUUCGCAUCCCAAGGUCUCUGUCGGUGAAGGCUGCCAGUGUGCUGAAGGGCUUUUUAAACAAGGACCCGAAAGAACGCCUGGGCUGCCAGGCCCAAGCAGGCUUCACUGACAUCAAGUCGCACACAUUUUUCCGCAGUAUAGACUGGGACCAGCUGGAGAAGAAACAGACAGCGCCACCCUUCAAGCCCCAGAUCACGGACGACUAUGGCCUGGAGAACUUCGACACCCAGUUCACCAACGAACCAGUGCAGCUGACGCCAGAUGACGAGGACGUCAUCAAGAGAAUAGACCAGUCCGAGUUUGAGGGGUUUGAAUACAUCAACCCUCUGCUGCUAUCCACAGAAGAGUCUGUAUAAGGGAGAGGAGAACUUUCCCCCCUCCUGCCUGUCUGUCUACCGCCCCACUCUCCAUGUACUCCCCCCCCCACCCCCUCAGCCAAAUCAAUGAACAACACCCUCUGUCGAGGAGGAGUAAUAUACAUGGGGACAAAGGGAGGACAAGAAACUUUUAUCUUUGCACGAGGGACGAGGCCUCGAGGACACAAGUGCGAAACUACUUUAUUUUAUUUUGUUGUGGAUCCCUUAUUUAGUCGCUGGAGCAAAACUCUUUGGAGCGAGUCAAUAUUUAAAAAAAAAAAAAAAGGACACAGGAACAACCAAGUUGUUGAUUAUCUUCCUGUUUUUUUGGGGGGGCUUGGCAUUUUUGUUUUUCCAACAUCUCUGUGUCAGCAGCACAGCUGGCUUUGUCAUUUAAAAAAAAAGAAAAAAAAAAACAGAAAGCGAUUUCAUUCUGUGCCUGCCAUCGUAAAAAGGAUUUUACUCCCCCCGCGCAUCCCUGGAUGAAAUAUGACAGUUCUACGACUCAGAACUUGAAUUUAUGUGCACUCUUUUGUUAAUUCCUUUUUUUAAAUCUUGUAGGAGGCUUUGCUGCCUCAAAUAAAACAAGAAUGUAUAAUAAUGAAGGAAAAAACUAUGAUAAAAGUGAUUAUUGUGUAUUAUAAUGUAGGUAGCAACUCCAAAUUGAUUGAUGCCUUUCUAUUGAUGCAAAUUGGCACGUUUUAUUCAUGACCAUGAACUUUGUUAGUUUUUUUGCUUAGUUUGAUAUUCAUGAACAGAAAAAACAACAACGGGAGACAAAACCGUUUUUUUGUUUUUUUUAAUAAGUGCCUCUAAGAUCUAAUCUACACCAUGUUUCUGAUUGCACUUAUCGAUUGUUCCACUUCCCAUCAGCUACUUGAAGGGGACGGUCAGUUGGUGAAAAAAGCUGUUGAAACACUGCGCAUAAAUGCCACAGGGACUCAUUUUUUAAAAGGUUGUCGUGCACAGAUUUGAUCUUAAAUUGCGCAUAUGACCAAGAUUGUAGACUACGAAAAAGACUACAAUCUUUAAGCCCCCCCCCCCCCCCCAUUAAAAUUAAACAGUCUGGAGCUUGAUGAGAAAAUAUGCAUUAGGAAGCAGUAUUAGUAAUUCACACCUUGUCAAUAACAUUGACUGGAAUCUGUAGGUAAACAAACUGGUACGAGAUGCAUUAUCCUAUGUACUGGCAUUUACACAACUGGAAGUCGAAUUUCCAGAAACGUUUGCCGAAAGGAGCAAAGAGUCUGGUGGAACAGUGCAUCAAAAUUCACUGGCAAAUGGAAAGAUCCGGAGAAACUCCCAGCACAUAGAAAUUUGUAAUCUGGCAAUUUACAAACCAAUCAUCUCCCAUAGCACCUUUCAUGUGUGUCUUCCAUAAAUCUUGCCUCCAUUUGGAGCCAAUCGUUGCACUUGUAUGAUUUAAUUACAUAAAUACUUUACCCAGUAAGGUUACACCCGUCACCCCCAUACAAUACUAUGGUCACUCUAAAUGUUGCCAGUUUUGAAUCACAUAGACCUAGUUUUGUAUGCGCUGUGCGCUAAAACCUGUGCGCAAGGUUUCUGUAAGUAUACACUCAAAACCUGUUGAGUCUUAGUUGCCAUCGUCCUUUAUCGUUCUGCAUACACUGGAGAAGCUGAACACCAGAUUGUGAGAGCAGUUCAAAUUGUGCACACUCAGAUUCAACGUUCAAAUUGAGUAUACCCCCUCAUUUUAAGAAUGAGGCCCCAAAUCUCUUUUGUAAUCCACUUGGUUUUUAUCAUUCCAAAGGAACUCCAUGUUAUGGAUCUGGGAAGCCAGCCAAGGUCCAGGUGAAAGCCUGGUUACUGUUACCAAUAAAAGUUUGAAAACAGUAUGGAGCGCCAUCAUGGCCGAUCCAUUUAAGUUAUUGUGUGCGUACACUGUGUGACAAAUGGUUUUGGUUGACAGUGACAGUUUUCUGACCGGAGAAGGCACUGUUCAAAUAGUGAGGGACUAGGCUGUGAACAUUCAUUUAAGUUUCCCCAAAUGUUCAGGGUUUCCUGAAAUCCCAGUAGGAUAACAUUUCUGCUUAUUCUGUCCUGGUUCCAAAGAUCAGUCGACCGGCAUUUUUUCAGAAAAACAUUUUGCAGCUGUCCAGGACAGAGGUAUCAGGGCACUCAAUAGGAGCCUACUGACUGACCUGCACAACAGCUGACCUGUGGUCAGUGAAAAGGAGGAGAAGCUUUACUGUCUCUGCUGAGGGUUUUAACACAUGGGCACCAUGCAACACACACACCUACCUAAAGGAAGCGAGGAAUCUGGGAAGUCUAGUGUAACCAGGCCCUUGAAGAGCACAAAGAAAGAUAACUUCCUUCCAAAAUUAAAUGAGUCAGUAGUAUCGUACGAGACCAAUCUAAGGAAAUCCAAAAUGCAUACAUUGCCAUUGAUUAAUUAUUCAACACAUUUAGCGCAAAGAUAAGACUUUCCCUUUGUAAAUGAAAUCACAAUUUGCCAACAAUAAGUCCCAAGCUGAAAAUUUGCUUUGAUUAUAACGAUUCUGUCGUUCCUAAAGAAAAUGAAAGAAAAAUCACUAUCGCAUGGGAAUUAUUUGAUGAAAUCUGACCCCGAUUAAUUAGAUAACGAGGCAAUAAGAUCAAUUAGUUACUCGAGUUAAAGAGCUUCAAUUUGCUGGUAGGCCAACAUGAGGGGGGAAAGUAGGAUGUAGAGAAAGGGAUAAUGAAACCGUGGUUUUCACUGAUUUGUCACAUACUCGAAAGCGCACAUUUUCAAAGAUUCUUUUCAUUCCACUUAUUCAAAGCCAUCUCACUCUCAAUAUAGCACAUCAGCGACACCAUUUAUUUGUUUUAUUCAUUAACUGUGUUUUAUGUAUACUCACAGGAAUACAUUCACUUGACAUUGCCUCUUGAGGGACCAUGAGACAAACUGAACCAGCUCCUAGACAUUGUUCAUAAACCCUACAGCCACUGUAACAGCAAUAGCAGCGUUACACCAAUGGCCAUUUAAACCAUUAAAAAAGGAAAACAAAGGGGUGAAUCUCAAUUGUAAUUUCUCCAUUCCUCCUCGGUGUGCGGGAGUAGGUGACGUUCCACAUAAUGCAAUUGAGAUUCGCAGUCACACAAAGGUUCUGUAAAAAUGUCAAACGUAGUCCAUGGUUUGUGUUCUAACAUACAGUAUUUGCUGGUUGGAUGUGCUUAAUUCUGCUUUAACGCACCUCUGUAAAUAUCUGUAAUUAUUAAAAACAUUGGUUUUCCGUGAA